CCGUGCCCCACCUUCUUCCGGCCCUCGGCUGCCCGGGUCCCGCUUGCUUCUCCUGGUGGAUGCUUCGCCUCUCUGAGCGGAACAUGAAGAUUCUCUUCGCUGCUGCCCUGAUCGUGGGCUCCGUUUUCUUCCUGCUGUUGCCAGGAUCCUCUACGGCCGAUGAGAAGAAGAAGGGGCCCAAAGUCACCGUCAAGGUGUACUUCGACCUGCGAAUCGGAGAUGAAGAUAUAGGCCGGGUGGUCAUAGGUCUCUUUGGAAAGACUGUUCCAAAAACAGUGGAUAAUUUUGUGGCCUUAGCCACAGGAGAGAAAGGAUUUGGCUACAAAAACAGCAAAUUCCAUCGUGUGAUCAAGGACUUCAUGAUCCAGGGUGGAGACUUCACUCGGGGAGAUGGCACAGGAGGUAAAAGCAUCUACGGUGAACGCUUCCCCGAUGAGAACUUCAAGCUAAAACACUAUGGGCCCGGCUGGGUGAGCAUGGCCAACGCGGGCAAAGACACCAACGGUUCCCAGUUCUUUAUCACGACGGUCAAGACAGCCUGGCUGGAUGGCAAGCACGUAGUGUUUGGCAAAGUUCUAGAAGGCAUGGAGGUGGUACGGAAGGUGGAGAGCACCAAGACGGAUGGGCGGGACAAGCCCCUGAAGGACGUGAUCAUCGCAGACUGUGGCAAGAUCGAGGUGGAAAAGCCCUUUGCCAUUGCCAAGGAGUAGGCCCCAGGAGCCUCUUCCUUUUGAGCGACUGUGUCUGGCCCUGUUGCCCUCUCUGUGGGGGUGAAGACAGCCCACCGCAGGGCUCCGCUGCGCUGGCCCCAUGCUGACAUCCGACAGAGCGGACCCCUUCCCUCACGAUCCACGGUCCAGUUUUGUAACAAACUCUUAUCAGUGAUGACCAAUUAAAAAAAAAAAGGUGGUUUUUUUUA